UGUUCAAUUAAACCGCAUCAGCAAAGGCAGAUUAUUUGAGUAUUUAAAUUGCCUAUGAUGUAAGUCUCUGUUUGAAAAACCGAGCAGUUGAGAACAUUUACAUGCUCAUGUUUAUGUAAAUUCGGGGCAACUCUGGCUCCAGGAAGAUAAGGCUACUGGUGAUGGUAGGCUCCAGACUGUACGGACAAUGACAUUGCUUUCUUCGACUGCUUUCCAGAGUUUUCAGAGACACUGAAAAUGUCUGAUUCAAUGUCAAGUUUUUUACAUAUCGGGGAUAUUGUUUCCCUGUAUGCGGAGGGUACAGUGAAUGGAUUCAUAAGUACGCUUGGGCUUGUAGAUGACCGCUGCGUAGUUGAACCAGCAGGAGGGGACCUUGAAAACCCUCCAAAAAAGUUCAGAGACUGCCUUUUCAAGGUGUGUCCCAUGAACCGCUAUUCAGCACAGAAACAAUUCUGGAAGGCCAAACAAGCUAAAUAUGAAAAAGACAAGAUUGCUGAUGUUGUGCUCCUUCAGAAAUUGCAGCAUGCAUCUAACUUGGAGCAAAAGCAAAAUGAGACAGAGAAUAAGAAGGUCCAUGGAGAUAUUGUGAAAUAUGGCAACAUCAUACAGCUUCUGCAUAUGAAGAGCAAUAAAUACCUGACCGUGAAUAAGCGCUUACCUGCAUUGCUUGAGAAGAACGCAAUGCGGGUAACACUGGAUGGCACUGGCAACGAGGGUUCUUGGCUCUUUGUACAGCCGUUCUGGAAGCUUAGGGCCAAUGGAGACAAUGUAGUGGUAGGGGAUAAGGUUGUUCUGAAUCCAGUAAAUGCAGGGCAGCCUCUACAUGCAAGCAGUUAUGAGCUGUCUGACCACCCAGGGUGCAAAGAGGUUAACUCGGUAAAUAGCAACACUAGCUGGAAGAUCAACCUCUUUAUGAUGUUUAGUGACCACAGAGAUGACGUCUUAAAAGGAGGCGAUGUUGUCCGUCUUUUCCAUGCUGAACAAGAGAAGUUCUUGACAUGUGAUGAGUAUAAAUCUAAACUCCAUGUGUUCCUGCGUACAACACUGCGUCAGUCUGCUACCUCUGCUACUAGCUCCAAUGCGCUGUGGGAGGUGGAGGUGGUGCACCACGAUCCCUGCAGAGGAGGUGCAGGACACUGGAACAGCCUGUACCGCUUCAAGCACCUUGCUACUGGGCACUACUUGGCAGCAGAGGAAAAUCCUGGUUAUAAAGGAGAUAGUGCUGACAUCCAAACAAUUGUGGACAGCACCAGGAACAACAAGUGGAGCCUGGGCGAGCGCAUAAAAUACAAACUUGUGGCAGUGUCCCAUGGUAGUGACAUCGCUUCAUUAUUUGAACUGGACCCCACCACCCUUCAGAAGACAGAUUCAUUUGUUCCACGAAACUCAUAUGUGAGGUUUCGCCAUCUAUGUACAAAUACAUGGAUACAAAGCACCAAUGCACCCAUAGACAUCGACGAGGAGAGACCCAUUCGGCUGAUGCUCGGAACUUGCCCUACAAAAGAAGAUAAAGAGGCCUUUGCUAUCGUGUCUGUGCCAGUGAUGGAGAUCCGGGACUUGGACUUUGCCAAUGAUGCUAGUGUCAUGUUAAGCACCAUGGUGGAUCACUUCAGUGCGGGUUUUAUCAGUCAGAAUGACAGGAGAUUUGCCAUUAAACUUCUGGAAGACUUGGUGUUCUUUGUGGUGGACCAAGCAAAUAAUGGCCAACCUGUGCUUGAAGUGGUGAUGUCAAAACCAAAUCGGGAACGACAGAAGCUCAUGAGGGAACAAAACAUACUUAAACAGAUUUUUGGGAUUGUUAAAGUUCCAUUUAAGGACAGAGCUGGUGAGGGCCCUUUGUUGCGGUUGGAGGAGCUUUCAGACCAGAAAAAUUUGCUAUACCAGUACAUGUUCCGCCUCUGCUACCGAGUCCUCCGUCACUCACAGGAAGAUUAUCGCAAGAACCAGGAGUACAUUGCAAAGCAGUUUGGAGUGAUGCAAUCUCAGAUAGGGUAUGACAUCCUCGCUGAAGACACCAUCACUGCAUUGCUACACAACAACCGAAAGCUACUGGAAAAGCACAUCACUAAAACAGAGGUGGAGACAUUUGUGAGCCUGGUGCGACGGAACAGGGAGCCAAGGUUUCUAGAUUAUCUCUCAGACCUGUGCGUGUCAAACAAUGUGGCAAUCCCAGUUACCCAGGAGCUCAUCUGUAAGUGUGUAUUGGACCCAAACAACCAGGACAUCCUCAUAAAGACAGAGCGCCGUACACCCAAAGAGAUGCCCCAUGGCACAGAAUAUUUGGGCAUGGAGGAUGAAGAGGAUGAAGUGUGGCUGGUCUGGAUGGACAAGACAAACGAGAUACAAGAGAGGGGUAUUCGUCAGCUGGCACAACAAGCCAGGCAGGGAAAUGCUCAUGAUGAGAAUGUGCUCACUUAUUACAGGUACCAACUGAAGUUGUAUGCCCGCAUGUGUCUAGACCGCCAGUACCUGGCCAUAGAUGAGAUCUCUAAGCAGUUGGAUGUUGAGUUGAUCUUCCUUUGCAUGAUGGAUGAAACGCUGCCUUUUGACCUGCGGGCCUCUUUCUGCCGCCUCAUGCUUCAUGCACAUGUCGACCGUGACCCUCAAGAACUUGUCACUCCUGUAAAGUUUGCCCGUCUCUGGACAGAAAUCCCUACGACCAUCACCAUUAAAGACUAUGAUGCCCACAUGGACUACUCAAGAGAUAAUAAGAAGAACAAAUUUGCCACCACAAUGGCAUUUAUGGAGGAGUACCUUAAUAAUGUCUUGAAUGAUGAUCUUCCAUUUGCAAAUGAAGAAAAAAACAAACUGACCUACGAGGUGGUGAGUUUGGCGAGACACCUCAUCUACUUUGGCUUCUAUAGCUUCUUUGAGUUGCUGCGUCUGACCCGCACAUUACUUGGCAUCAUAGACUGUAUCCCCAACCCAGCCUUGAAUAAUCCAGCAAUUCAGGAGGACGGUAGUGGGAAAAACGUGAAGCGAUCCAUCCAUGGUGUUGGUCAGAUGAUGUCCACAAUGGUGCUCAAUAGAAAACAGUCAGGAAGGCCUACUGUCAACCUGGAUAGCCAGACUCGCCACAAAGACAGCAUUGACAUGCAGGAUGUCACUGUCAUGGAUACCAAACUCAAGAUAUUGGAGAUUCUCCAGUUUAUCCUCAACGUACGACUGGACUACCGCCUCUCCUACCUUCUGUCUGUCUUCAAGAAGGAAUUUGUGGAUGUGUAUCAUAUGGGAGAUGCUGAUGCCACAUCAUUAAUAGAUCAUGCAGCUGCUAUCAAUUUGCAAUACAUUGGUGAACAGGCUGAGGCAAUGUUUGGUGUUGGGAAGGGCAACAGCAUUCUGGAGGUAGAUGAUGAAGGAGGUCGCAUGUUCCUAAGGGUGUUGAUUCAUCUCAUCACACAUGACUAUGCACCACUUGUCUCAGGGGCUCUUCAACUCCUCUUCAAACACUUCAGUCAGAGACAAGAGGUCUUACACACCUUCAAACAGGUUCAGCUGCUCAUCUCAGCUCAGGAUGUAGAUAACUACAAGCUAAUCAAAAGUGACUUGGAUCACCUGCGCACUAUGGUUGAGAAGUCAGAGCUGUGGGUGGAUAAGAAAAGCAUCUCAGAGAAAGGAGAGGGGAAGAAAGAUAAAAAAAAGAAGGAGAAAGUAGAGACAUCCUCUGAAGACAUGGCCUCCAGGAAGGUGAAGCAGGACAAGAGCAAUGAGAACUACCAGAUUGUUAAAGAGAUCUUGGAGAGGCUAAACAAAAUGUGCGGUUCAGGAGUAUUUAAGAAACAGCAGCGACUCCUGAAGAACAUGGGGGCCGAUAAAGUGAUGUUGGAUUUGCUACAGGUGUCUUAUGACAAGAAUGACAAAAAAAUGCAAGAGAUCAUUAAGUAUACCCACAUGUUCCUGCAAAGGUUUUGUUCAGGUAACCAAGAAAAUCAGGUCCUCCUCCACAAGCACCUGAACCUGUUUCUUACUCCUGGUCUUCUUGAAGCAGAGACUGUGCAACACAUCUUCUGUAAUAACUAUCAGCUGUGCACUGAGAUUAGUGAGCACGUCCUCCAGCAUUUCAUUCAUUGUCUGGCAACACAUGGCCGUCAUGUUCAGUACCUCAACUUUCUGCACACCAUUAUAAAGGCGGAGGGAAAGUAUGUGAAAAAGUGCCAAGAUAUGGUCAUGACUGAGUUAACCAAUGCUGGUGAAGAUGUUCUGGUAUUCUACAAUGACAAAUCCUCAUUUUCCACGAUGUUGGAGUUGAUGGUGGAGUCACGGGAAGGUAUUCAGGACAACAGCCCUCUUUGUUACCACAUCUCACUUGUGGAACUCCUAGCAGCCUGUGCAGAGGGCAAGAAUGUGUACACCGAAAUCAAGUGCACCUCACUUUUGCCUUUGGAAGAUGUGGUGAGGGUGGUCACACAUGACGACUGUAUCACUGAGGUUAAAUUCGCCUAUGUGAAUUUUGUGAACCACUGCUAUGUAGACACAGAGGUGGAAAUGAAGGAGAUCUACACAAGUAACCAUAUCUGGAGGUUGUUUGAAGACUUUACAGUAGACAUGGCACAGAUAUGCUGCAAACUUGAUAGAAGACCUUCUGAUGCUGUACUGGAGAAGUAUGUCAUCAUUGUGGUUUUGGACACCAUACAUGCUUUUUUUAGCUCACCUUUCUCUGAGAACAGCACCUCACAUCAGACCCAUCACCUCAUCGUGACACAGCUGCUACAUGCAAGCUUGCGUCUGAUGGAUUGCUCCUGGCUGCAGCCACAGCAAAGGGUCCUGGUUGAAACUUGUAUCCGCACACUUGCCCUCACUGCUAAGAAUAAUUCCAUCUCUUUGCCCAUUGAGCUGGAGUCUCAGAUUAGCAUCACGCUUGCCAGUAUUACACAAAAUUCUUUGUCCCGCUCCAACCCAAGCCAAAAGAGCUCCUCACGCUCCAGUCGCCCAGCAGCUCCUACCAAUCCAUGGGACUACAAGAACAUCAUUGAAAAACUACAGGACAUUAUAAAUACCCUGGAGCAACGCUUGAUGCCUUUAGUAAAUGCUGAGCUGUCUGUGCUGGUAGAUGUGUUACACCAGCCUGAGCUGCUCUUCUUGGAGGGCACAGAAGUAAGGACACGUUGUGAAUCUGGAGGAUUUAUAUCAAAGUUGAUCCAGCAUACUAAAGCUCUAAUGAGCUCAGAUGAGAAGCUGUGCAUCAAGGUGCUCAAGACUCUCCAAGAGAUGCUCAUCCGUACACUAGACUUUGAUGAGAAGGGAACAUCCCUAAGGAAGGUACUACUACAAAACUAUCUCUUCCCCAACAAAAAGGGCGGCAAUAAGUCUGAGAUAGUUGAGAUUGGAGGAGGAGGAGGUGAGGAAGAGCGUGAUUGGGCAGCUGUAGCUGCAGUCCAGUGUCGUUUGGACAGAGAGGGUGGGACGAAACUUUUUACUGACCUUGUCAUGAGCACCAAAAGUGAUAAGAUUUUCCAGGAAUCCAUUCAACUGGCCAUUUGUCUGCUGGAAGGGGGGAACACAGAUAUUCAGAACUCUUUUUACAAGUUGAUGAUGGGAGACAAUAAGUCUGAGACAUUUUUUAAGGUCCUGAAUGAUCGUAUGAAAGAUGCCCACCAAGAAAUCAAGGCCACAGUCUCAGUAAAUGUUGGAGAAAUGAGCAACAAAGCCAAGGAUGAAAAAGAGCUGGACACUGGGUCACAGCAGCUAGUUUUUCCACAGACCCCAUUGCUCCCCUUCAGCUCCAAUUUUCCAGUGUCCCCAGCUGCUGCCCUCUCCCCUUCCCAAGAGCAACCUGAGCAGGAGAUUGAGGUGGAGAUGGGUCCUUCUGUCAGUAUCAUGAAACCUAUUCUGCGCUUCCUGCAGCUUCUGUGUGAGAACCACAACCAGGACUUGCAGAAUUUUCUGCGCUGCCAGAACAACAAGACAAAUUACAACCUGGUGUGUGAAACUCUACAGUUCUUGGACAUUAUGUGUGGCAGCACUACAGGAGGAUUAGGUCUACUUGGACUUUACAUCAAUGAAAAUAAUGUUGACCUCAUCAUUCAGACCCUAGAAACACUCACAGAGUACUGCCAAGGACCCUGCCAGGAGAAUCAGACCUGUAUUGUUACCCACGAAUGUAAUGGCAUUGACAUCAUAACUGCCCUCAUCCUGAAUGAUAUAAGCCCUCUGUGUCGGUAUCGUAUGGAAAUGGUGUUGCAGCUCAAGGACAAUGCCUCCAAGCUCCUGCUUGCCUUGAUGGAGAGUCGUCAUGACAAUGAGAAUGCAGAACGGAUCCUGUUUAACCUCAGACCGCGGGAACUGGUUGAGGUUAUCAAGAAAGCAUACCUGCAGGAAAGUGAUUGUGAAGAAGGAGAGGUUUCGCCAAGAGAAGUUGGUCACAACAUAUACAUCCUAGCCUUGCAGUUGGCACGCCACAAUAAAGUCUUGCUGGUUCUCUUGAAACCUCCAAAAAAAAGCAAGGAAGAUGGAGAGGAGGGCAUCAGCUCCAUGUUAAACCUGAACAAUAAGCAGCUCUCCCAGAUGCUGAAGUCCAGUGGGCCCAUUGAGAAACCGGAUGAGGAGCCCCUGGAGUAUUAUGACAGGCACACAUCACAAAUUGAGAUUGUGCGUGAGGAUCACAGCAUGGAGCAGAUUGUGUUCCCAAUUCAUCCUAUCUGCGAGUACCUAACAGAGGAAUCAAAAGUCCGUGUGUUCAAUACGACAGAGCAGGAUGAACAGGGCAGUAAAGUUACACACUUCUUUGAGCAGACAUCCUUUCUACACAAUGAGAUGGAGUGGCAGAAAAAGCUACGCAGUAUGCCAGUGUUGUUUUGGUUCUCAGGUCGCAUGGCAUUGUGGGGAAGUAUCUCCUUCAAUCUGGCUGUCUUUAUAAACCUCAUUAUUGCCCUCUUCUACCCAUAUAACUCUGGUACCAUAGAUUCUUCGCUAUUGGCUAUGAUGUUCUGGGUUUUUGCGGGACUGUCCAUCAUGGGCCUGUUGUCACAGCGUUAUGGGCUUCGACCCCUCACUGUAGCUCUCAUACUGCGCUCCAUCUACCACUUUGGCAUCGGCCCCACUCUUAUCCUGUUGGGAACCCUGAAUCUUAUCAACAAGAUUGUCUUUGUUGUUAGCUUUGUUGGCAACAAUGGCACCUUUAUUAUGGGAUACCGUGCAAUGCUGAUGGAUGUUGAGUUCCUUUAUCACCUGGCUUAUGUGCUGACCAGCACCCUGGGACUAUGUGUGCACGAGCUGUUCUACAGUAUCCUGCUGUUUGACCUUAUAUACCGUGAGGAGACCUUGUUUAAUGUCAUUAAGAGUGUUACACGGAAUGGGCGCUCUAUCCUGCUGACUGCACUUUUGGCCCUCAUCUUGGUCUACCUCUUCUCCAUUGUGGGCUUUCUGUGCUUGAAAAAUGAUUUCAUUAUGGAAGUUGACCGUUUGCCAAGCAUGGAUACAGAUGAGGACGAGGACAACACAGAGCCUGCCUGUGACACACUGCUCAUGUGCAUUGUGACUGUGCUAAACCAUGGGCUCAGGAAUGGAGGUGGGGUGGGAGAUGUGUUACGCAGACCAUCUAAAGAAGAGGCCUUAUUUCCAGCGCGGGUAGUAUAUGACCUGCUCUUCUACUUCAUUGUCAUCAUUAUUGUUCUGAACUUAAUCUUUGGAGUCAUCAUUGACACUUUUGCUGACCUUCGCAGUGAGAAACAGAACAAAGAGGAAACCCUGAAGAAUACUUGCUUCAUCUGUGGUCUUGAGAGAGAUAAGUUUGAUAAUAAGACUGUGUCUUUUGAGGAGCACAUCAAGUCGGAGCACAAUAUCUGGAAUUACCUGUAUUUCAUUGUGCUUUUACGUGAGAAAGCCAAGACGGAUUACACUGGUCCAGAGAGCUAUGUGGCCCGUAUGAUCAAGGAAAUAAAUCUAGACUGGUUCCCACGCAUGCAGGCAAUGUCUCUGGUAGUGACAGAGGGAGAUGGAGAGCAGAAUGAGAUGAGGAAUUUGCAGGAUCGUCUGAGUGCUACCAUGAAGGUGGUUAGCCAGCUCACUGGCCAGCUUACUGAACUGAAGGAGCAGAUGAUUGAACAGAGAAAGCGAAGACAACGAAUGGGAUUUGUAGACGUACAAUCAGGUGCAAGUGCAACUGCCCCACCCAGCACAUCAGGAGGAAACCACCACAUCUAUAAAGCAUAACAUUUGUCUUACUAGUUUACUAGUUUGAGUAAAACAGGAAAAACUGUGGAUUAUAAUCAGCAAUAAUAAUAAUCUUCAACUUUUGCUGUUCUAAAUUUCCCAAAAUGUAUAAUUCUUGAAGUGCAUUUUCUUUCAUCAAAAUCAUGAUGCCAACAAUCUGUGAAGAAUAUAACUGUCUAAAUGUGUCUUAACUGUCUUAACUCAGAACUUACAUUGUAGGUUAAAUAUUUAGGUUAAGUGUAGUAUUGCAUAGGAAAGCAACAUUUGAAAUGAGGCCUGUUUCUGUUAAUGGACCCGUAAGAUACAUGUGAAAAAAGUUGAGAUAAGAAAAGAUUGAGAAGAAAAGCAAAGCAUUUUGAGAUCUUAAGUUGAAAUUAAAUUGGUCUUGGGCUGAGACAAGAGGAGGGCUAUAGUUUAGGAGAAACAGGUGAGAUCUCUAUAAUAGCUCUAUAAAUAAAUGUAUUUCUAUUUCUCGUGAGACAAAGACAUUUUCGAGACCAGAAACUUUCCAUUGGAAUUGCUUAUUAAGAGAAUUUAUUUGUGAUGUAAUGUGAUUCUCAAACUUGUGAGACCAGUGUACCGUCUAUGUACUUGACUGGGCACAUGCAUGUAGUAGAUGGAAGAUGGAAAAUAUUAUAGAAUUAAUUAUUUCAAACACACUGAAUGUCUACCCAUAUGACUAGACUAUCUGUUGACAAUUACGGAUCAUCAUUCAUUUAGUGUUGAGAUGUUGUUCAUUAAGUGAGAUAAGAUCCAAAUAGCGGGGAU